CUCGAUAGUAUGAAUUAAACACGCUGUCGUAUGUACAAUGAAGAAUUCGACGAAAUAGUGACAAACAUCCAACGCUAAAAAUACCAACCCCAUAAGAGAGGCAGGUCAUGUACUCUCCGCCGUUAUAUGAAGCUGUGGAUGACUUCCUUCUGGUCUAUAUUUGUCACAUGUUAAAAUUAGGCAAGGAUGCGGCGUUAGAUGCAUCUAGACUUUCAGGAAUCAGGUCAACUAAUAUGCAAUGCCAGUGUGCAAUUUCUUUUGAAAUUGGAAGGCAGUUAGGGUCAAGGAAAAAGAAAAUGGCAUUGUCUAAUUUCGGCUAUUCCUGUCUAUCUUAUGAAACAGUCGGAUUUUCAAAGUUCCCUAUCAGCACUUUUGUUAGAUUCGUAAAAACAGCUAGAAACAACUCACUGUAUGACUUUUAACCGUCUUUAUGUCUUUCACUGUAAAUGAGAAUUACCAACUGAAAUAUUUUGACAUUAUUGCUUCUAAUCAUAUUUUUGCAUCGAACCAUACCAAGCGUGAAGUAACUAAAGUACAUGCGACAGCUAUUAGAAGGGUUAUAUUGCUUUAGCUUCAGAAAAACGCACGACCCAAACGUGGCACUGACCUCC